GCCAUGUGAGUUCUUCGGGGUAGCGGCACCUUGAACAGUAUGUCGACCGCCGUGGCAACUCGUAAGCGGGCAAAGCCAGCUCCCGGGCCCGGGGCGGCUCCGGUGGCCGGCAAGCGGCGGCGAAAGGUAGACUCUGCUGCGGACAGGGGCAAGUCCAAGGGUGGCGGCAAAAUGAAUGAAGAGAUUUCCAGCGAUUCUGAGAGCGAGAGCUUGGCUCCAAGGAAAACAGAGGAAGAGGAGGAGGAAGAGCUGGAAGAGACCGCACAGGAAAAGAAGCUACGCUUGGCCAAACUCUACCUUGAACAACUCAGGCAGCAAGAGGAGGAGAAGGCUGAAGCCCGUGCAUUCGAGGAGGAUCAGGUGGCCGGGCGCUUGAAGGAGGAUGUGCUGGAGCAGAGAGGCAGGUUGCAGAAGUCGGUGGCCAAGGAGAUCCAGGCCCCAGCUCCCACCGACAUUCGAGUUUUGCGGGGCCACCAGCUCUCCAUUACGUGCUUGGUCAUCACUCCUGAUGACCUGGCCAUCUUCUCCGCCGCCAAAGACUGCACCAUCAUCAAGUGGAGUGUAGAGACUGGGCGGAAGCUGCAUGUGAUCCCUCGAGCCAAGAAGGGUGCUCAGGGCCAGCCCGCAGGCCACAGCAGCCACGUCCUCUGCAUGGCCAUCUCCUCUGAUGGCAAGUACCUCGCCUCUGGCGACCGCAGCAAGCUCAUUCUCAUUUGGGAGGCCCAGAGCUGCCAGCACCUGUACACCUUCACGGGACACCGGGACGCUGUGUCGGGACUAGCCUUCCGAAAAGGUACCCACCAGCUCUACAGCACUUCCCACGACCGCUCUGUGAAGGUGUGGAAUGCAGCCGAGAACUCCUACGUGGAGACGCUGUUCGGGCACCAGGAUGCUGUGGCUGCAUUGGAUGCCCUGAGCCGAGAGUGCUGUGUGACAGCUGGGGGCCGGGAUGGGACCGUGCGUGUGUGGAAGAUCCCCGAGGAGUCCCAGCUUGUCUUCUAUGGCCACCAGGGUUCCAUUGACUGUAUCCAUCUCAUCAACGAGGAGCACAUGGUGUCGGGCGCAGAUGAUGGCUCUGUGGCCUUGUGGGGCCUCUCCAAGAAACGGCCACUCGCCCUCCAGCGCGAAGCUCAUGGGCUUCACGGGGAGCCAGGCCUGGAGCAACCCUUCUGGGUGUCAUCCGUAGCCGCCCUGCUCAAUACAGACCUGGUGGCCACAGGCUCCCAUAAUGCCCGUGUGCGACUUUGGCAGUGUGGAGAGGGCUUCCGGCAGCUUGACCCUCUCUGUGACAUCCCCCUGGUUGGUUUUAUCAACAGCCUCAAGUUCUCCAGUGCUGGGGACUUCUUGGUGGCAGGCGUGGGACAGGAGCACAGGCUUGGCCGGUGGUGGAGGAUCAAAGAGGCCCGGAACUCAGUCUGCAUCAUCCCACUCCGCAGGCUCCCUGUGUCCCCUGUUGCCGGCUCCUGACACUCUCCCUUAUUUAAGUGACUUCCAGGCCCCGCCCCUGUCCUCUUUUGUAUUAAAGCCUCCUAUUUUA